AUGAAGCUCUCUCUAAAAGUUUGCAUCCUUACCUUUGCUUCUUACUUUUUCCUUGUUGCCCAAGCAGUAUCUUUUGUCCAGGCUAUCUCAACCUACCCACAACUUUCCAACUUUACAAGCCUCCUUAUUUCAAACCCUGGCCUCGCGGAACCCUUCUAUUCAGUCUCUUACUCUGCACCGCAGACAGUCCUAGUUCCGGACAAUAACGCGUUUCUAAGCUUCCAGGAAGUUACUGGCCAAUUAUUCGCAAACCAGCCAUACAUUUAUCUACAGAAUAUUAUUAACUACCAGCUACUAAAUGGCAACCUUACGUUCCAAGACUUUCUUCAUCCAGCAGGUCUUACCGUACCAACUGGACUUACAGGUCCAACCUAUAAUAAUAGGACAGCAGGAAGUGCAUUAAUAUCCUCAAGUGCCUCAACUGGGAACUAUAAUGGCCAGGUAGUAUUUAUUGCUCCAAAUACUAUGUCUACUAGCUUUAGUCCCCGGAAAUUGGGCUCUACCGAAGCCUAUGUGCAAUCGGGUCUCGGCCACCAAGUUAACCUGACUAUAAUUGAUGGUAUUUGGGACAGUGGAAUAUUCCAAAUUAUAGAUGGCUUCCUAACCCUCCCCGAGAUUUGCACUCAAACAAUCCGAGCAUGGGGUCUCAAAUCCCUUGAUUUCUCCCUCAACCGUACAGGCCUUUCAUCAGUACUUGACCAUUUGAACAAUGUCACAUGUCUAGGUCCGAAUGACCAAGCAUUUCUGCAAGCAGGUAGCCCAGAUAUCAAGGACAAUAUCACUGAGCUUGCUUCGGAAUAUUUAGCCUUACAUACUAUUCCUCAGCCGUUAUACUCGAACUUCCUGCAAGAUGGCCAGACUUUUAUGAGCUUGAGUAAUGAUACGAUCAGGGUUACGAUCCAAGAUGGAGCUAUAUAUUUCAAUGAUGCGAAAGCGAUCCAACUGAAUGUUCUCACAAAUAAUGGUCUCAUGCACGUGCUUGACCGGGUGAGUCAUCCACUCUAA